AUGGGGUGUAGUGAGGUGAGGGCAUUGCUCUGGAGAGUCGGCCUCUUCCUCCCCCUGCUGACAGCGCGCCCCUCCGCCGCCGGGCACGUCGCCAGCAACCACGUUGUGUUACUUGAUACUACAACUGCCCUUGGAGAACUAGGAUGGAAAACAUUUCCUUUAAAUGGGUGGGAUGCCAUCACUGAAAUGGAUGAACACAACCGUCCCAUUCACACCUACCAGGUGUGCAAUGUGAUGGAACCCAACCAGAACAACUGGCUGCAAACCAACUGGGUGUCCCGCGACGCCGCGCAGAAAAUCUACGUGGAGAUGAAGUUCACCCUGAGGGACUGCAACAGCAUUCCCUGGGUGCUGGGGACCUGCAAGGAAACCUUCAAUCUCUACUACAUGGAGUCAGAUGAGCCCCAUGGAGUAAAAUUCAAGCCAAACCAGUACACUAAAAUCGAUACCAUAGCUGCCGAUGAGAGCUUUACCCAGAUGGACUUGGGCGACCGAAUCCUCAAGCUCAACACGGAAGUUCGCGAAGUGGGGCCGAUCAGCAAGAAGGGAUUUUAUCUCGCUUUUCAGGACAUUGGAGCGUGCAUUGCCUUGGUGUCAGUCCGUGUCUAUUACAAGAAGUGCCCUUUCACAGUCCGGAAUUUGGCCAUGUUUCCUGACACCAUCCCAAGGGUGGAUUCUUCCUCCUUGGUGGAGGUCCGGGGUUCCUGCGUGAAGAGCGCCGAGGAACGGGACACCCCAAAAUUGUAUUGUGGGGCAGAUGGGGAUUGGCUGGUGCCUCUGGGACGAUGCAUCUGCACUGUGGGAUAUGAAGAGCUGGAUGGUUCCUGCCAUGCCUGCAGGCCUGGAUUCUAUAAAGCAUUUGCUGGAAAUGUGAAGUGCUCCAAGUGCCCUCCACACAGUUUGACUCACACAGAAGCAACUUCUGUCUGUCAGUGUGAGAAAGGUUAUUUCAGAGCUGAGAAGGACCCACCAACUAUGGCAUGUACCCGGCCACCUUCUGCUCCGAGGAACGUGGUUUUCAACAUCAACGAGACGGCUCUGAUGCUGGAGUGGAGCCCCCCGAGCGACACGGGCGGGAGGAAGGACCUCACCUACAGCGUGGUGUGUAAGAAGUGCGGCUCGGACGCCAGCCAGUGCGAGAUGUGCGGCGGCGGCAUCCGCUUCAUCCCCCGCCACACGGGGCUCAUCAACUCCUCCGUCACCGUGCUCGACUUCGUGUCCCACGUCAACUACACCUUCGAGAUCGAGGCCACCAACGGCGUCUCGGAGCUCAGCUUCUCCCCCAAGCAGUUCACAGCCAUCACGGUCACCACAGACCAGGACGCACCCACCUUGAUAGGUAUGGUCAGGAAGGACUGGGCUUCCCAAAACAGCAUUGCCCUCUCCUGGCAAGAGCCGGACUUUCCCCAUGGAGCAAUUCUGGACUACGAGAUCAAGUACUAUGAGAAAGAGCAUGAGCAGCUCAGCUAUUCCUCCACAAGGUCCAAGGCUCCAAGUGUUAUCAUCACAGGUCUCAAGCCAGCCACCAAGUAUAUAUUUCAUAUCAGAGUCAGGACGGCAGCAGGAUACAGCGGAUAUAGCCAGAAGUUUGAAUUUGAAACUGGAGAUGAAACUUCUGAUAUGGCUGCAGAGCAGGGACAGAUUCUUGUAAUUGCCACUGCUGCUGUUGGUGGAUUCACUCUCCUGGUCAUCCUCACUUUGUUCUUCCUCAUCACUGGCAGAUGCCAGUGGUACAUAAAGGCCAAAAUGAAAUCUGAGGAGAAAAGAAGGGCUCAUUUGCAAAAUGGACACUUACAUUUCCCAGGACUCAAAACCUACAUAGAUCCAGACACAUAUGAAGACCCAUCUCUUGCUGUCCAUGAGUUUGCCAAGGAGAUUGAUCCUUCAAGAAUUCGUAUUGAAAAAGUCAUUGGGGCAGGGGAGUUUGGAGAAGUAUGCAGUGGGCGUCUGAAGACACCAGGAAAAAGAGAGAUCCCUGUUGCCAUAAAAACUCUAAAGGGUGGCUACAUGGACAGGCAGAGGAGAGAUUUCCUGAGGGAGGCGAGUAUCAUGGGACAGUUUGAUCACCCAAAUAUCAUUCGCCUUGAAGGAGUUGUUACAAAAAGAUCCUUUCCGACCAUUGGGGUGAAGUCUCUUUCGAGAUUCCUGAGGGCGGGAUUUUUAAAUAGCAUCCUGGCCUCACAUCCAGUGGCAGGGGGUGGAUCUUUACCCCCCAGCAUUUCCUCUGGCAGACCAGUAAUGAUUGUAGUUGAAUACAUGGAGAACGGAUCCCUUGACUCCUUCCUGCGGAAGCACGAUGGGCACUUCACAGUGAUCCAGCUGGUUGGAAUGCUGCGGGGAAUUGCCUCUGGCAUGAAAUACCUGUCGGACAUGGGCUACGUGCACCGGGACCUGGCAGCACGGAACAUCCUGGUUAACAGCAACCUCAUGUGCAAAGUCUCCGAUUUUGGCUUGUCACGGGUGCUGGAGGAUGACCCCGAAGCUGCCUACACCACAAGUGGUGGGAAGAUCCCCAUCAGGUGGACGGCUCCCGAAGCCAUCGCCUACAGGAAGUUCUCCUCCGCCAGCGACGCCUGGAGCUACGGAAUUGUCAUGUGGGAGGUGAUGUCCUACGGAGAGAGGCCCUACUGGGAGAUGUCCAACCAGGAUGUUAUACUGUCCAUUGAAGAGGGCUACAGGCUUCCAGCUCCCAUGGGCUGCCCAGCUUCUCUUCACCAGCUCAUGCUUCACUGCUGGCAGAAGGAGAGGAACCACCGUCCCAAAUUCAGUGACAUUGUCAACUUCCUGGACAAGCUGAUCCGCAACCCCAGCACCCUUCAUACCCUAGUGGAGGAUGUACUUGUAAUGCCAGAUUCACCUGGUGAAGUUCCAGAAUAUCCUUUGUUUGUUUCAGUCAGUGACUGGCUGGAUUCCAUAAAAAUGGGUCAGUAUAAAAAUAACUUCAUGGCAGCAGGUUUCACAACUUUGGAUAUGGUUUCAAGAAUGACUAUUGAUGACAUUAGAAGAAUUGGAGUUUCACUCAUUGGACACCAGAGACGAAUAGUCAGCAGUUUACAGACUUUGCGGUUACACAUGAUGCACAUACAGGAGAAAGGAUUUCAUGUAUGAAAGUAAUAGAAGCAACUGUGUUUUGUGCCUCAGCAUUUCUAAAAAUGGAAAAAUAUUCUCAUUCUUCCCUCCUGCUCUUCCCAACUUCAAGAACUGCAGUCUCCAGUUCAGACUAUACGAGUACUUCUAUGUUAAUGCUUCCAAACCGGAAUUUUUAAUCACACUGCACAGCUCCUCCACCAGUUCUCUGCCGAUAAAAUCCUGGCCUACUGCAAGACUCUUGCUACACAUUGAUGAAUAACUCAGCAUGGAUGUGUAACUUUGUAUAACAGUAUUUGGGAAACUUUCAUGGACUUACUUGAAAGUAGUAAUCUAUUUGGCCUGGUGUGGCUUCUUUAUCGAUGUAUUUAGAAUUUGCUGGUAGAUCAAAAAGUAUUUGACUUCUUUCAUGUUAUGUGACCAUGUAACUUCCAACACCAGAUGUGCAAUCAAAAAGAAGUUUAACAUAAAUAUUUAUUUUAUUUCUUAAUUAAAUGCAAAUGUAUGUGUCCUAUCAUUAUAUUACUUUCUAAUAGUUUGAAUGCUGGUAAGCUGGUGCCUCAAAACAUUAGUAUUGUUUGCAGAAACGACUGAUGAUUUUAUGUAGCCAGUUUUCAUUGUGUGAAUAAUUGGAAGCAUAGUGAGAGUAAUCUGUUUGAAAUCUUAAGGAAGGUUCUUGAUUUUCAAUUACUUUAGCACUCGACACUUUUUAUGCUUUAAAUUUUAGAUUAGGAUGGAAAACUUUUUUAUCCUUGGGAUU